AUGACCAACUACGGAGACACUUGGUCCACGACCUACGAUACCUACGACACCACAGGAUCAGCCUACAAUCCUGCGGGCUCAACCUAUAAUACCCUGGGCUCAACUUAUAGCCCUUCACGUUACAGCACCUACGGCGGUACUACCGACUAUGGCACAGUAGGCUACGGUUCAAACGCGACUGCUACAACUUACGAUACCGACACGGGCCGCGGCACCACAACAUAUGACCCUGCGACUGGUGCUUACGACCAGCACCUUGAUUACAGCACCCCCACCGGCCGCCGACACCACCGCGAGCGAGUUAACUCAGCCGGCACCUAUCGGCACCGCGAUGUUGACAGAUUUGAUGAUGGAUCCACUCGUGUCCACAAGGAAUACGACAAUCCCAACACUGGUACCAGUUACCACCGUGACUAUGAACGCUAA